AUGAACGUUAAUAUUUAUUGGAUUAGUGCGGUGAUUGGUUAUGUAGUUGAGACAAAAUGUUUGUCUUCUAUUCACAAUUUUAAUAAUGAUCAAAAUUUGGCUAAUAAUACAAAUAAUUCAAUCACUGUUUAUUUAACUUUUCUUUACUUUGCUACUUGGUUACUAGUAUUUCCAUUAUCAAAACUACUACCUGAUUACAGCAUAAGAAAACAUAUAUUACCUAUUACAAAUGAUGAACCAAUAGAUAUUGAUGGUAGCAAUAGUCAUGAUGUUGAGAGAAACAAUAACAAUAAUGAUAAUAAUGAUAACAAUAAUAACAACAAUGAUAAUGAAAUGAAUAUACAACAACACUCCACUGACAUCCAAGAAAAUAGAAUAUCAAAUUCAUUUGCUUCUACUUCAUCUUUAUCAACUCCUACUCCACAAAAAGAACAACAAGAUCAACAAAAAUCACCAUCUAAAAGUGAUUUAAAUGGUGAAAAUCAGCAAAUGUUCAGUAAUGAAAUUAAUGAAAAUAAUGUUCAACAGUUCACUGACAGUACUGAGGGACUUGGCAUCGGACAAGAGGAUAUUGAAUUAAAUGCGAUCCCUUCUCAUCCUCAAGAAAGGUUAAGACGUAAUCCAAGACAAAGACGUAGACUUUCAAUCAGUAGAAGAGCACAAGGUUGGAGGAAAACAAGAUAUUUUUUUAAAUUGUUGUUGCUAUCAAUUUUGAUUUUAAUCCCGGUUUUUGCUUUCUUAUCGUCUCUCUCCAUUGCUCCUGCUUUUGAUAUUUCUUUAAUUCAAAGUACUUCAAUCUUUGAAAUAACAAUUUUAUUAUACGGUAUUUGUGGUUUAUCCAGAAGAAAAAGUGUCUUUAGAAAUUAUAUUAUCAUGAUGAUUGCAUUGUCAGGUGUAUUAGUAGUCUCCUAUACAAAAGCAACUUGCGAUUUAUUGGCAGGUAAAUUAUCCAUCAAUAAAGAAACAGGUGAAUUGAAUGAUCCAUUCUUAUUCGAUAGAUUGAAAGGUACAUUGAUUUGUGGUCUGGGUUCUUUACCAGUGGGCCCAUUCGCUGUUUUGUAUAACCGUUGGUUUAAUAAAAAUAAAAGCACUUUAGUUAAACAAGGAAAUCAUUUAGCUUGGAUCGGUUUGAUUAACAUGUGUAUCCUAUUACCAUUCUUCCCAAAAUUGUCAAGCGAAACUGCAUCUUUAUUAUACAGCGGUAAAUCUUUUUGGUUACCAAUAUUCGCCUCAAUUGUAUUUGGAGCUGUCCCACAUUUAUUAUCAUUAUUAUUCCUGAAUAGAAAUACUAUUCCAGAAUAUGCACCAACUACCGCCUUAGGUGCUAUCAUAGUAAUGGGUUUAGCUGAAUGGAUCUGCGAACCAAAUCAAACCUACAUCGUUAGAUGGGAAGUCAUUGGUUACCUAGCUUUGGCAAUAUGCUGCAUUAUUUUGUCAGUUUCGUUUUUUAAAUUAAGACAUUUCCAUUGA